CAUAUCUGCGCGCCAAACAAUAAGCAGAAUAAGAGAACAUGGCGGACGUGGUGAACGUCGGAGUAAAUUUGGACGCUUUCUCUCACGCGAUCAACGGUAUCCAGGCGCUGCGCUCGAGCGUGAGCCGCGUGUUCGAGUCCCUGAAGGAUGGUAUGAAGAACCGCGAGACGCUAGAGGGCCGCGAAAAGCAGUUUAUAGCCGAGUUUCAGGACAACCUGCAGGCAGUCAACAGAGACCUGAAUGAGUUGGAGCGUCUCAGCGGUCUGGUGGGCCGGCCCUCAGAGUCCCACCCUCUUCAUAACAGCGGUCUGCUCAGUCUGGACCCGGUUCAGGAUAAAACUCCUCUGUACUCACAGCUGCUGCAGGCCUACAAGUGGUCCAACAAGUUACAGUACCAUGCUGGCUUGGCCUCCAGUUUUUUGAACCAGCAGUCACUCAAACGAUCAGCCAAUCAGAUGGGAGCUUCAGCAAAGAGACGUCCCAAAGUGCAACCAAACACUCUUGUCCUUCCUCCUCAGUACGUGGAUGACGUCAUCUCUCGCAUCGGCCGGAUGUUUCCUGACAUGACCAUCGAGCUGUUCAGACCCAACGGGACGUCGGCUGUCCUGCUGGUGACCCUGGGGAAGGUGCUGAAGGCCAUCGUCGUCAUGCGUUCGCUCUUCAUUGAUAGAACAGUUGUUCGAGGAUUCAGCGAGAACGUUUACAAUGAGGAUGGAAAGCUGGACAUUUGGACCAAAUCCCAGUACCAGGUGUUUCAGAAGGUAACGGACCAUGCCACCACCGCCCUGCUGCACUACCAGCUGCCCCAGAUGCCUGACGUAGUAGUCCGGUCCUUCAUGACGUGGCUGCGCAGCUACAUUAAGCUCUUCCAGUCUCCGUGUCAGCGCUGUGGUCGUUUCCUGCAAGAUGGACUUCCUCCAACAUGGAGGGACUUUAGGACCCUGGAGGCAUUUCAUGACACCUGUCGGAUGUAAUUUAACACCAUUUUUUUGUUUUGGUUGUUGUGUGUAAAGAUGUUUAAAUAAAGUUUGUUUUAAUUUU